AUGACUUUUAAGGAAGAUUUACGUUUGUUACUUAAACCUUAUUAUUUAGUUAAUAUUCUUUUGAGUUUAUCGUAUAUUAUUGCCAAACAAGUACCUUUUAUUUGUUCAUAUCUUUUUUCUGAAGAUGAACGUGAAUUAGAUGGGAAAGAAACACAUAUUUUGUUUUUCUUAUUGUUUGUAAUAAUGAUAAGAACACGAAAAAGUGGAAGUGUUACAAUGAUACAUUAUUUGUCAACUAGUUUUGUUUAUACGAAAAUUACAAAUCUUAUUUUAUGGUUUUAUGCUGAUAUAAGAAUGGGUAUUUUGUUUGCUGUCAUUUUUAUAUUUUGUGCUUUAAUUCUUCCUGAACCGACGUAUCAAGGUCCUCAAAAUAUAACAUUUAUCAGAGGCGCUAAUGGUCUUGAAGAAGAAUUAAAUAGAGAUACACGCAUAGUGUGGGUUGUUGCAUUUUAUACAGCUUGGAAUCCAGCUUGUAAUACUUUUGCUCCAAUAUAUUCUCAAUUAUCAGCAGAAUAUGCGUUGGAGAAUUUAAGAUUUGGUAAAAUCGAUAUUGGGAGGUUUCCUGAUGCUGGGUUGAAAUAUCAUGUAAGCGAUGCAAGUACGAGUAAACAAUUACCGACAAUUAUUCUAUUCAAAAAUGGCAAAGAAGUUGAUCGCCGGCCUUAUGCUGAUAAAAAUGGAAAACUUGUUAAAUUUCUUUUUUCAUUGGACAACAUGAAAGCUGCCUUCGAUUUAAAUAAUAUUUAUAAGUUCUGCAAAACUAAUCCGCUGAAGAAAAAAGAAAAGAAAUCAAUCAAAGCUGAAUAA